UUGUGGCAUUAAAUAGCGCGAAUAGCGUCUCCCCGAAUGUAUUGAAUAUCAAGUUGCAUAUGACAUCAGUAUCGUUUUGCAAGUCAAAAUGUACAUCGCGACGACGACAACAUUAAUUUUCGUGACAGUCUAUGUAAUACUGAUCGCCCAGGAGACUGCUGCCAAUAGUCCAAACAUUAUUUUUAGAACAGAAUGGAACGCUAGAGAACCGAAAUCGCAAGCUUCUAUAUUAAAAUUAAAACCAGCACCUUAUGUGAUUAUUCAUCAUUCGGUUGGCCCCGGUUGCGAAACUCAAGCUGCAUGUCAAUUAAAAGUGAAACAGUUCCAGAAUGAGCACAUGAACAAAAGAGGAUGGACCGAUAUUGGCUAUAAUUUCCUAGUUGGUGAAGACGGAAACGUGUAUGAGGGUCGCGGAUGGGGCAAGAAAGGCGCUCAUUCUAUACCUUUCAACAACAAGAGUAUUGGAAUUUGCAUCAUUGGAGAUUACAGAAACCGAACACCGAAUGCAGCGGCGGUACAAGCAGUAGCUAACUUGAUUGCUUAUGGAGUAGAAAACAAUGAAAUAAAAAGUGAUUACAAGCUUCUUGGACAUCGACAAACCUGGCAAACCGAAUGUCCCGGAAAUAGUCUGUACACAAUGAUAAAGUCUUGGCCUCAUUGGUCGGAAGUCAAUAAAUAAUAAUAUAUAUUGUUUUUAAUACGAUGCGUAAUGAAAAUCUUUUCUAUCAGUCGCGAUCAAAACGAUCAUAAAUCAUGAUUGCGUAAUCAAUUAACAAUUAAUGAAUAUUUAUGAAAUUCACAAUGUAUUUGACUCCAUAAAUGUCAAAAUUUACACCAUCGUAAUUUCAUACUAAUGUAUAUCGCUUUAUCGGAUUAAUUAAUAUAUAGAUAUUUGUAAAAAUAAACCAAACAAUCG